AUGGCUUUUGCCACGAUCAACUCAUCGGUGCCCUCCAGUAUCCCGGCCAUUGAGGACGCCUUUGCCGCCCAACCAGCGCUCAAAAAACGGGUUUACGAUGCGAUCGCACAUACCCCGCAACAUGGACUUCUCUUCGAAGAUAUCGCGAAAUACACUUCCAGCCUGCUGGCCAGGACUGCAACCGCCCCCGUUCGGCCUGUCGAGGUCGUCACCGACGGCCCGGCCAUGAAGAAACGAAAACUACAGAAUGGCAAUGCUACAAGUGCCCAAUCCUCCGGUGACCUGAAAGCCGAUACUUUGCUUCAAUUCUACAUGCAGGAUGUUUCCUUUGCUGUUCCCCAGCGGAAGAAGCUUACACUCGAAAUCACCGCGGGAUUCCUGCGUGCGAGAAACCAGACAUCGAAGGAGGUUGAGUUUGGAGUGCAUUUGGAUAACAUACAGCACGUCUUGUGCCUCCCCGUUCCCGAGAAGAACCAGCGACAAUUUAAUUUCUGCAUUAUCCCCCAAUAUGCGGACGGCGUCAACUCACCACCUGAAGGUGUAGCUGCUCCCGAUGCCAUCGUAUGGACGGUCAACGACGGACCGCCCAAGGCAGCGUUCUCAGGAAAUGGACAACAGCUUGGAACGGAUAACGAAGAAACGGCUGAUAAACUCGUCCAGCGGAUACUGAACGACAGCCUCCCACGGACCAAGGUUGUGCGCCCAGAUGAGCGAGAGUUCGUGAGUGCUAUGCCUGAGGCUCACCGCAAGGGGGAGAAGGCCUAUCAUGUCAAGGCCUUCCGCGGCAGUAAAGAAGGCUAUCUUUUCCUUCUUUCUACGGGAAUAUUAUUCGGGUUCAAGAAACCACUGGUCUUCUUUGCUUUUGAAAACGUCGACUCAAUCUCAUACACAUCUGUCCUGCAACGGACCUUUAAUCUCAAUGUUGUAGCUCGGCCUACGUCAAGCGAAGAGACGCAGGAAUUCGAGUUUUCCAUGAUCGACCAGGCCGACUUCUCCGGAAUUGAUGGUUAUAUCAAAAAGCAUGGUCUGCAGGAUGCCAGUCUUGCCGAAGCACGACGUGCGAAGCGAUACAAUGUCAACAGUGCCAAGGGAGACGAUGAAGCUGCUGCCAAUGAGGAAGGGGCUGUCGAGGAGGAAAGUGAACUACAGAAAGCCCAACGCGAGCUGGAAGAUCAAGAGGACGAGGACGAGGAAGAUUACGAUCCCGGGAGUGACAGUGAGAGCGACGGAAGCGGCUCUAGUAGUGAGGACGACGACGAUGAGGAGGAGGAGGACGAUGAAGGCGACAUGGAUGAGGACGGCGAAGAAGAAGACCGAAAUUUGGUGGCGGAGGAGCUCGGAAGUGAAGCAGAAGACGUUCCGGCGGAGGAACUGUGA